CUUGAAGGCAGAACAUCCCGUGCCUAAAAAUGCGUUGGAUUUUCCUGCUGGUCUGUCUCCAACCCCGUUACUUGAGAGGUGCUCGCAUCCUGGCACUUUUUCCUAUACCGAGUCCUUCACACUACUUUUUCGCCCUCCCGUACCUAAAGAGCUUGGCCUCUGAGGGCCAUGAAAUAAUCUCUGUGAAUCCGUACCCUCUGAAGGAACCGAUUAAGAAUAUAUACGACAUUCCUGUUCCUGAAGUGUUUGAAAAUUUUAAUGAAAUCCUAGAAUUUGUAAAAACCCCCAAAACCACCUGGCAAAGUAGCGAUUUUAUCAACGAAUAUACCCUUAAUCUCACAAAGUCGGUGCUGAAUAAUGAAGGAGUAAGGCGAGAGCUUCUUAGCCCAAAAAGUCCCCGUUUCGACCUGAUCAUAAUGGAUCUUUGGCGGAUCGACGCUCUUUGUGGACUGGCGGCCUUCUUGGAGGUGCCCAUCAUUGGAAUGGCUCCCUAUGGCACUGACUGGAAGAUCGACGAACUAGUGGGUAAUAUCUCACCGAUUUCGUACCUCCAAUCGCCCUCUUCUCAUUUUCACAACCUGGAGACCUAUGGAGGACGUCUGUCGCAUUUUGUGGAACGAUCUAUUACCUGGAUUAACUAUAAAUGGAGGCAUGUGGAGAAACAGAAGGCCCUCUAUAAGAAAUACCUCCCGAAUAUAGCUAAUAAGCACACAUUAGCUGAGACUUCACGAAAUUUUGCCUUAGUGCUUGUCAAUCAGCACUUCACACUGGCUCCUCCACGUCCAUAUGUUCCGAAUAUGAUCGAAGUGGGUGGUAUGCAUGUAGAUCCAGAUCCCAAACCUUUGCCCAAGGAACUGGAGGCAUUUAUUCAGGGUGCUGGUGAUGCUGGAGUCAUCUACUUUUCUCUGGGCACCAAUGUCAAAAGCAAAUCCCUGUCUGAGGAUCGCCGAAAAUUGAUGCUUAAUACUUUUUCUCAUCUACCCCAGCGAGUCCUGUGGAAAUUCGAGAACGGGCAGUUGCCAGGUAAACCCCCAAAUGUUUUCAUAAGCAAAUGGUUCCCGCAACAAGAUAUUCUGGCCCAUCCCCAAGUAAGGCUCUUUAUAACCCACGGCGGAUUGCUGAGCACCAUAGAGAGUAUUCAUCAUGGUAAGCCUAUGUUGGGUUUGCCCUGCUUUUUCGACCAAUUCCGUAAUAUGGAACAUGUUCAACGUAUGGGUCUGGGCUUAAUUUUAAACUUAAAGGAAAUGGCAGCAGAGGAUUUUAAUUCCACCAUUGUUAGGCUGCUCACAGAGAAGAGUUUCGAGGUUAUGGCCAAAAUUACGGGUGCCAGAUACAGGGAUAAGCCCAUGAAGCCUCUGGAAACGGCCAUCUGGUGGACCCACUAUGUCCUGCGGCACAAUGGAGCGGCUCAUAUGCGAGUGGCAGGACGGGAAUUGGACUUCUUCAUCUACCACAGUCUGGAUGUCUUGGCCACUUUUUUCCUAGCCUUUUUCGUAACCUUGACAAUUUUUGCAUUUUGCAUGAUUAAAGCUUUGAGGAAGUGUUAUCAAUUUAAAAACGAAACAAAUAUACUAAAGAAAAAGUUUGUUUAAAUUAAGGUAGCU